UUGGUCACCUACGGCACGGACGGGACCCGCCGCGAGCAGCAUCCCGUCGUGCGGGACAACUGCUUCUACCAGGGCACGGUGCAGGGCAGCCCCGGCUCGCUGGUGGCGCUCAGCACCUGCGGCAGGGGGCUCCGCGGCGGGCUCUGGGUGGAGAAUGACACCUACCAGAUCGAGCCCAUCCCCAACGAUCCGACCUUUCGGCACAUCCUUUACCGUAUGGAGGAGGCCAACGGCCCCGUGGGACACACCUGCGGACUGACCCCUGAGGUCCUGCAGCACCAAAAGGCUGCGCUGCCCUGGUUCAAAGCUCCUGAGGCAGAGGAGGAAAAUGAGGAGCUGAAGGAAUGGUGGACACACAUCACGUACGUGAAGUUAGUAGUGGUCGUGGACAACGUGCGGUUUGUGAAGUCGGGUAGGAACGAAUCCGAAGUCUUGAGGCAAGUGAUGGAAAUCAUCAACAUUGGGGAUUCUCUGUACAAAGAGCUUUCUGUCCGGCUGUUUCUUGUGGGAUUGGAGAUCUGGACCCAAAGCAACUUUAUAAGCAUUACUAAGUCUAUUGGCACGACACUUACGGACUUUAACAACUGGCGAAGGUCAGACCUGCUCCCACGGAUACGCCACGAUGUCGCUCACUUAUUUGCGUUUCAGAACUUUGGAAGCAGCAUGGGAUUGGCAUUUGUAGGGACUGUGUGUGAUAAGCACUGGGCAUCAGCUGUUGCUUCUUUCACUGUGACUCAUUUGCCCUCAUUUGUUGUCACAUUUGUCCAUGAGCUGGGCCAUAAUCUUGGGAUGAGCCAUGACAAACCAGGCUGUAAAUGCAGACGAAGGAAAUGCAUUAUGCACGAAAGCAGCAGCGACACCGAUGCGUUCAGUGACUGUAGUUACAAACACUACUUUGACCUGCUUGGACGUGGUGCCACGUGCCUUCGUCAACCACCAGCACCUGGCACUUUCUACAACACGAAGAGUAAAUACUGUGGGAAUAAGAUAGUAGAAAGUGGAGAGCAAUGUGACUGUGGUUCAGAAUCAAACUGCAGAAAGGAUCCUUGUUGCCGUCCAAACUGUACACUUACUGCAGGUUCAGCCUGUGCAUCUGGAAAAUGCUGCCGGAACUGUCAGGUCCUUCCAGCAGGAACACUCUGCAGGGCAAGUACCAACAGCUGUGACCUGCCAGAGUACUGCAAUGGGAUUUCCUCUCAGUGCCCACUGGAUGUGUACAUACAAGAUGGAGCUCCUUGCAAAGAUGGUGCUUAUUGCUAUCGAGGCAAAUGUCCUUCCCACACUAAACAGUGCCAGCAACUCUUUGGCAAAAAAGCCAGGGCUGCUCCUUUAGAGUGCUUCAAAGCAGUGAAUAUUCAGGGUGACCGGUUUGGGAAUUGUGGUAUUCAUAACAAUAUCCAAUUUACAAAAUGCAGUAUUGAGAAUAUCUUAUGUGGUAGAAUUCAGUGUGAAAACAUAGUCAAAUUACCUUUCUUGACAAACCACGUAACACUAGUCCAAACUCCUGUUGGAGGUAAAAACUGCUGGGGUCUCGACUAUCACGUAGGGAUGCCAAUAGCUGAUGUGGGAGCUGUGGAAGAUGGCACACCGUGUGGUCGUGAUAUGCUUUGUAUCAACAGGACAUGUAUGAGCAUAUUAGUGCUGAACUACGACUGCAACGUGACAAAGUGUCACAACAGAGGAGUGUGUAACAAUCGAAAGAACUGUCACUGUGAGUAUGGCUGGGCUCCUCCGUACUGUGAAUCGGAAGGAUUUGGAGGUAGCAUUGACAGUGGACCCCCUCCAGCCAGGAAGAGUUUGCAGAGAGGAGAAAUAAUACUAAUAAUUCUUAUUCUUCUUUCUCUCUGUAUCAUUGGAGUUACCCUUACUGUGCGUUACAAACGGGAAAUAGUGGGAUGGCUUAGGAGGAUAAGGCCCAAUUCCACAGAAGAUUGCAGUUGUUUCAAACACUAA